CGCGGUUCCGCUUCACGUCUAAAAUUACAAUAUAAAACAUUAACUAUUCUUUCGUUUAAUUCGGCGAAUUAUCGGCGGGACGCGUCGCGGAGGGUUCUCUCGGACGGCGUGAGGUGCUCUGAGUGGAUGGAGGUCUUCACUGAUUCUUCUGCUUGAAUCAUUAUCGUGGAAAGCAGACAAAGCAGGACGCCACCUAUAUCCCCUUUACUCCUGCGCUGGAUAAAGCAUCUACAAUAAACUCCUCAGCGAAGAGACAGCAUGAUUAAUUCUGACUUCCCUGCCCUGCAGGACUCGUCUAAUGAGUCUGGGCAGGGAGAAACGGUGAGUCUGAGUCUCAGCGUCAGUGAGCUGGAAGAGCAUGCAGAGGGCAAAGGCAAGAAGAAGAGAGGAAGGCCAGGAAGAGGAGCUCAAGCCUCCAACAAGAAAGCUCGCAAGUCGCCGGUAGAAAAGGGAGGCAGGCGACCCAACGGCGUGGCCCAGCAGAACGGAGACGGUGCCGACCCGUCCACGCUGUUCGAGGUGGUCAAACUCGGCAAGAGCGCCAUGCAGUCAGUUGUUGACGACUGGAUUGAAUCAUACAAACAGGACAGAGAUUUGGCUCUGCUGGAUCUCAUCAACUUUUUCAUUCAGUGCUCUGGAUGCAAGGGUACCGUAAGAAUCGAGAUGUUCAGAAACAUGCAGAACGCAGAAAUUAUCAGGAAGAUGACCGAAGAGUUUGAUGAGGACAGCGGCGACUACCCGCUGACGAUAGCCGGCCCACAGUGGAAGAAGUUCCGCUACAACUUCUGCGAGUUCAUCGGCGUGUUAAUCCGGCAGUGUCAGUACAGCAUCAUUUAUGACGAUUACAUGAUGGACACGGUCAUCUCCCUCCUCACCGGCCUCUCCGACUCGCAGGUCCGAGCCUUCAGACACACCAGCACCCUGGCAGCUAUGAAACUGAUGACGGCGCUGGUGAACGUCGCGCUGAACCUGAGCAUCAACCAGGACAACACGCAGAGACAGUACGAAGCCGAACGCAACAAGGUGGCCGGAAAAAGAGCCACCGACAAGCUGGAGCUGCUUCUAGAGAAACGGAAGGAGCUUCACGAGAACCAGGAUGAAAUUGAGAACAUGAUGAACUCCAUCUUUAAGGGAAUUUUCGUGCACCGCUACAGAGAUGCUAUAGCUGAGAUCAGAGCGAUCUGCAUCGAGGAGAUCGGAGUGUGGAUGAAGCUUUACAGCGACGCUUUUCUUAAUGACAGUUAUCUAAAGUAUGUGGGCUGGACAUUACAUGACCGGCAAGGAGAAGUCCGACUAAAGUGUCUCAAAGCGCUUCAGACUCUCUAUACCAACAGAGGGCUUUUUCCCAAGCUGGAGCUCUUCACUAACCGCUUUAAGGACCGUAUUGUAUCUAUGACUCUAGAUAAAGAGUACGACGUAGCAGUGGAGGCUAUUCGACUGGUCACUCUGAUAUUACAUGGCAGCGAGGACGCGCUCUCCAACGAAGACUGCGAGAACGUCUACCACCUGGUCUAUUCAGCGCAUCGGCCCGUGGCAGUAGCUGCAGGAGAGUUUCUCCACAGGAAGUUGUUUAGUAGGCAUGACCCACAGGCAGAGGAGGCUCUGGCUAAGAGGCGAGGCAGAAACAGCGCUAAUGGGAACCUCAUCAGAAUGCUGGUGCUCUUUUUUCUUGAAAGUGAGCUGCACGAACAUGCCGCAUAUCUUGUGGACAGCCUGUGGGACAGCUCCCAGGAGCUACUGAAGGACUGGGACUGCAUGAUCGAGCUGCUUUUGGAGGAGCCUGUACAGGGAGAAGAAGUUCUGGGAGACAGGCAUGAAAGUGCUUUGAUCGAGCUCAUGGUGUGCACCAUCAGACAAGCGGCCGAGGCUCACCCACCUGUCGGCCGAGGAACUGGAAAAAGGGUUCUCACUGCAAAAGAGAAGAAAACCCAGAUUGAUGAUAAGAAUAAACUGACUGAGCACUUCAUUAUAGCACUUCCGAUGCUGCUGUCAAAGUAUCAAGCAGACUCUGAGAAGGUGGCCAACCUCUUACACAUUCCACAAUUCUUUGACCUGGAGGUCUACAGCUCUGGGCGAAUGGAGAAGCAUCUGGACGCGCUGCUGAAGCAGAUCCGGCUGGUGGUGGAAAAGCACACAGAAAUCGAUGUACUGGAGGCGUGCAGUAAGACGUACAGCAUUCUGUGCAGCGAGGAGUACACCAUCAUGAACCGCGUGGACAUCGCCCGCAGCCAACUCAUCGACGAGCUCUCUGAUCGCUUUAACCACUCUGUAGAGGAUCUUCUACAGGAGGGUGAGGAGGCUGACGAUGACGACAUCUACAGUGUCCUUUCUUCCCUCAAGAAACUCACUGCUUUUCACAAUGCUCAUGAUCUCACGAAAUGGGACUUUUUUAAGAACUGCUAUCGAUUGCUGAAAAUGGGAAUAGAACAAGGCUCCAUGCCAGAGCAGAUUGCUGUUCAGGCCCUGCAGUGUUCUCAUUACUCCAUCCUGUGGCAGCUGGUGCGCAUUACUGAAGGCUCUCCAUCCAAGGAUGACCUUCUUGCUUUAAGAAGAGUGGUGAAGUCUUUUCUAGCGGUGUGCCAGCAGUGUCUCUCGAAUGUGAACACUCCAGUCAAAGAGCAGGCGUUCAUGCUGCUGUGUGACCUGUUGAUGAUCUUCAGCCACCAGCUGACCUCAGGGAGCAGAGAAGCACUCCAGCCGCUGGUCUUCAACCCAGAUAACACGCUGCAGAGCGAGCUGCUGAGCUUCGUCCUGGACCACGUCUUCAUCGACCAGGACGACGAAAACCAGAGCAUGGAGGGUGACGAGGAGGAUGAAGCAAACAAGAUCGAGGCUUUGCACAAGAGAAGAAACCUGCUCGCUGCCUUCAGCAAGCUGAUCAUUUACGACAUUGUCGACAUGCCUGCGGCCGCUGACAUUUUCAAACACUAUAUGAAGUACUACAACGACUAUGGAGAUAUCAUCAAGGAAACCCUGAGCAAGACCAGACAGACAGAUAAGAUCCAGUGUGCCAAAACUCUUAUACUCAGCUUGCAGCAGCUCUUUAACGAUCUCGUGCAGGAUCAGGGCCCUAAUUUGGACCGAACCUCCUCCCAUGUAAGUGGCAUUAAAGAGCUGGCUCGCCGUUUCGCCCUGACGUUUGGACUCGAUCAGAUCAAAACCAGGGAGGCAGUGGCGACCCUGCACAAAGAUGGGAUCGACUUUGCGUUUAAGUUUCCAAACCCGAAAGGAGGAGAGUAUCCUCCACCCAAUCUGGCUUUUCUGGAGGUACUGUGCGAGUUCUCUUCCAAACUCCUGCGCCAGGAUAAAAAGACUGUCCACUCGUACCUGGAGAAAUUCAUGACGGAGUACAUGAUGGAGCGGAGGGAGGACGUGUGGCUGCCGCUGAUCGCGUACAGAAACUCUCUCCUCACGGGAGGGGACGAGGACCGCAUGUCCGUCACGACGGGCAGCACAACCAGCAGAGCCAGCUCGGUCCGCAGCAAGAGGGGGCGACCACCGCUGCACAAGAAACGCGCAGACGCAGCGGACGAGAGCGUGGACGGCUCGUGGGUGAUGCGUAACGACACCAUCCAGACACCCGGUGGCCUGCAGACACCACAGCUCACCUCCACAGUGCUUAGGGAGAACCCGCGACAAGCAGCAGAACACGUCCCAGACCAAGACUCGUCCGAACCGGGCUCCGAACCCGACUACAUGCACAAUCAGCAGAUGCAGAUGUCGUGGCUGGACCAGCAGAAAAUGGACGACGUGAACAGGAAAGAACGAGGCGGGAUGAACUACAUGAAGGCACGGAGUGGAGGAGUAAGGCAACAAGUACGUGGCUUAAUGGAAGACGACGCAGAGCCCAUCUUUGAGGACGUAAUGAUGUCAUCACGUGGCCAGUUAGAGGACAUGAAUGAGGAGUUUGAGGACACCAUGGUGAUAGAUCUGCCACCAUCAAGAAACAGACGAGAGCGAGCUGAACUCAGACCGGACUUUUUCGACUCCACGGCGAUUAUAGAAGACGAUUCGGGAUUUGGUAUGCAAAUGUUUUAAAGCAGACUUGCUCAUUUGGCGGGGGAAUCGCAGCCAGCAACGUUGUUUCUCCAAUCAACUAAAGCCAAUGUUUAAAGAAUCUCACUUUCAACAAUAUUUUUAAGCAAAAAGACUUUUCUCUUUGAUCCAGUCACAUGUUUUUGACACAACGGUCACGAUCAUAUUGACCUUUUAGUGAGGACCAGCUUAUCGCUCAUACGUUCGAUUCUUAAGUUCGGCCCAUAAACCCUUGAAAUAAACAAACUGGAUUUGUAGGUUUGUUUUUACCCCCUGUAAAGCUGUGCAUAUUUUCAACACAAUUUGAAUCUGACCACGUGAAAUGAUGAUGUACAUACUGUAAGGCUUUUUUUUGUAUCGUCAUGGUGUAUUCAUGUUCAGGAUUCCAAGAAUCAAGAACCUGCCAUUUGACCUUUUACUGAUCUGAUUUUGUGAUUAUUUCCUCUCGUUAAGAACCUUUAGAUUUGUGAGGCAGCCUACUUUCCACGUUCGAACCAGUUCCAGCUGUACCACACCUACACAAUCCUGUAUGUAUGUGAAUGUUGUUCAUUAUCUACUGGAAUCCAGAGUCCUGUAUGUGAAUGUUUUAGAGUCAGUGUGCUAUUCACAGUGAUAUCAGAUCCUUGUUUAGGACAGUGCCUAUAAAGUACACUGCUGUUAUACGUAUCAAACACAGAGGCUACGAUUCGGUUCUCAUGUUGACUUUAAAAUGUUUUUAUGUUUAAAUAAAGGUAUUUAAUGUUUUUUUUUAAUAUUAUUGAGUAAAUUUGCUAUCAAAAUCCACCAAUUUCCUUUCUUAAUUUUGUUACUCGACUGGAAACCUCAACUUCAUAUCCAGAUCAAACCCUAAAUAGGAACUGUGUUUCUUUUAGUCAGCAAUGAACCAAGUUCUUUUUCAGGUAAAAUUCACAGACGUUCUACAGAUAUUCUUGGACACCAUGCAGCCAUCUAAAGGAUUUAUGGUUCUAAUAUGUUGGUUUGUUUUUAUCAGUUGACGUCCUGCUUGGAGUAUUGCUCAAAUAGAUUUUAUGUAGAAAACUACAUUUUGUUUCAGUGUUGUUCAGUACCUACAAAAUACAUUUUAAUAAAAAGGACUAUUCAUA